CAAAUACUAUUCUAUCGCAUUUGCACCACUCUCUCUCUCUCUUUCUCUCUCUAAUCAAGCACUAAGCAAUAGGAAAAGACUGUAAUCUGUAGUCUCUUUUCUUUUUAUUUUUAAAUUCUCAAAAAGGUCUAUAUCACUCUAUCACUUUGAUAUUUUAGUUGAUAAAAGAACCAAGCAUUUAGAGAGCAAAAAUAUCUAUUGCACUCCAUUUCUUCUUCUUCUUUCUUCCUUUGCAUCUCUCACUCUUUAUUCAAGCUGUAAGCAACAUGAAAAGAUUGUAGUCUCUUUUCUUUCUCCUUCACCUUCUUCCUUUUUUUUUUUUUUGGUUCUCAAAAGGGUCUCUCUGUCUUUGAUACAUUAGUUCAUCAAAGAACUAAGCAGUAGAGAGCAAAAAAAAUCUAUUAUACACACCAUUUCUUAUUAUUCUUUUGUUCUCAAUAGGCUCUCUCUCUCUCUCUCUGAUAUUUUAGCUCAUUAAAGUCUAUGCAUUAGAGAGCAAGAAUAUCUAUUAUAUGCUCCAUUUGUUGUUGUUAUCAAACAUAUAGACACACUACAAAAUAUGGAAGGAGAAAGAAAGAAGAGGAAGAUGGAGGAGGAAGGAGAAGAAGAAAAUGAAGAGGAGAAGAUGGAAAAGUUCUUUGCUUUGAUUAGAAGCACACGUGAAGUACGAGAUCUUUUGAUGAGGACUGGUGCUAACUCAACUGAGAAAGAAGAUAAGAAAGUUGAGAAAGAUAAAGAAAUCUUGGUCUGGAAUCCUAUGUUCCAACCAGAAGAUUUCAUAGAGGAGGAUGAGGAUAAUGAUAAGUCUAAGAAUACUCCUGGUGCAAAAACCCAAGCAGGUCCUUCUAAUAAAGAAGAAAAAGAUGAGGAAGAGGAUGAAGAAGGAAGAGGUGGUGGUGGUUUAGACCUAAAUCUUUCUUUGUAGGAGAGUUAUGGGCAAGUGCAGUGGAUAUCGUGCAUGUUGAAGCGAAGUGGUCCUCCUAUAUAUGAUUUUAUGCAUAUUUACUUAAUGGGUUGACCAUAGUUUUGUAUUGCUUUGAGAAUGCCCCACUAUGCUAUGUAAAAAAAAUUGUAGUACACAUCAUUUUGCAUGUGCAAAUGUGAAUUUGUCUCUAACA